UUUUUCUUUUCUGUUCUUUUCUUUUCUUUGCUCUGUUCUUCUGCGCCUCCGUUUCUUGAUGGGUUCGUUUACCUUCGAAUCGAAUGAAUGCUGUUUGUUCUUGGGCUGGAAAGGCUCGAUCUUGGGAGGGAUUAUGGGGGGGCGUUUCGUUUCUUGGUGUUGCUUGCGUUUAGGCGGCGAUCUUUUUUUUUUCCCUUUUCCUUUAGAGAUGUGAAGUUUCGGCGAUCUCUUCAGUUGGGUUCUUCAGUGCUUUGAGCUUUGAAGGGAAUUUGAUUUGUUUUCAGUUAGUAUUUCAGAAGAAGUUUGAUGUAAAAAGGGGGAUUUUAUUUUAUUUAUUUAUUUGCAAAAAGAAAUUAAUGCUGCUUUUGGAGUAGUACUAUCUUUAGCAGGGCUUAUCCUAUCCAUAAUCCACCUGUCAUUCUAUUUUCAGAACUUGCUUUUCGAGUAUGUUCUGGUUCGUAAUUUGCCGCAUUUCCAUAUAAACAUUGCGGCCGAUUUGUUCUUUCUUUUUUGUGUGUGUCCGUGGAUUGACAGCGAUAGAGAAAAGCCACAGUUUUCUGCUGUUCCAUUGCUAUUUGUACUUAUCCUCAGUGAGAAAUCUAACGUGUGUUACUUUAGGAUGCGAGUGUUUAUACGCUCUACCAACUUUUGUUUGUUUUCAAACAUCGCCGUUCAACCAAGAAAUCAACCACCAGUUGGAUUCAAAUCUUGUCCAGGCAUAUUCCUGUCAAGAAUUCAAACGGUGGUGCUUGCUAUUUCGACGUAAGGGCUUAAACGAAUUGGUUUGUCACUAUUUUGGUUUCAACACAGAAGGUUGUGGGACCAUGGUUUCAAAAUCUUAUUCAAAUCUGUUAGAAAUGAGUUGUGGAGAUGGAGUUGACUUUCGGCAACCUUUUAAAUCUCUUCCUCGUGUGGUAACCUCUCCUGGCAUUAUAUCUGAUCCUGAUUGGGACACUAGAAGUGAUGGCGAUUCAGUUGGUUCAGCAUCUUCUGUUGAGAGGAAAAUAAUUGUUGCCAACUUCCUUCCACUGAACUGUACAAAAGAUGAAGCUGGGCAAUGGUCCUUCUCAAGGGAUGAUGAUGCACUGCUCAUGCAACUUAAAGAUGGUUUUUCAAAUGAGACUGAUGUCAUUUAUGUGGGUAGUUUGAAGGUUCAGGUAGAUCCCAGUGAGCAGGAUCAAGUUGCACAGAAGCUUCUUAGAGAUUACCGAUGCAUACCUACUUUUCUCCCUCCUGACCUCCAGCAGCAGUUCUAUCAUGGCUUCUGUAAACAGCAAUUGUGGCCACUUUUCCACUAUAUGCUUCCCAUUUGUCUUGACAAAGGUGAGCUCUUUGAUCGCUCCCUGUUUCAAGCCUAUGUCCGAGCUAACAAACUCUUUGCCGACAAAGUUAUGGAAGCUAUUAAUACGGAUGAUGAUCAUGUCUGGGUUCAUGAUUAUCACCUCAUGCUUCUCCCAACAUUUCUGAGGAAGAGGUUACACCGAAUAAAGCUAGGAUUUUUUCUCCACAGUCCAUUUCCCUCCUCAGAAAUCUACAGGUCACUGCCUGUAAGGGAUGAGAUCCUGAAGUCAUUGCUUAAUGCUGAUCUUAUUGGUUUCCAAACAUUUGACUAUGCCCGCCACUUCCUUUCUUGUUGCAGCAGAUUAUUGGGUCUGCAUUAUGAAUCAAAGCGCGGUUACAUUGGAAUAGAUUACUUUGGAAGAACAGUGAGCCUGAAGAUCCUCUCAGUGGGUGUCCAUGUUGGCCGUCUUGAGUCCAUCCUAAAGUUGCCUGCUACAGUAAAGAAGGUUCAAGAAAUUGAACAAAGGUAUAAAGGCAAGAUGCUCAUGUUAGGUGUAGAUGACAUGGACAUCUUCAAAGGAAUCAGUCUAAAACUGCUUGGGUUGGAGCUACUUCUAGAUAGGAACCCGAAACUCAGAGGGAAGGUUGUCCUUGUACAGAUUGUCAAUCCAGCAAGAAGCACAGGGAAAGACGUGGAGGAAGCAAUAACAGAAUCUGUCUCUGUAGCUGAAAGAAUCAACCUUAAGUAUGGCUCUGUAGAUUACAAGCCUGUUGUCCUUAUUGAUCAUCGCAUACCAUUUUAUGAAAAGAUUGCAUUCUAUGCUGCAUCUGAUUGUUGUAUUGUAAAUGCUCUGAGGGAUGGUAUGAACUUGGUACCAUAUGAGUACACUGUUUGCCGGCAGGGAAAUGAGGAGAUAGAUAAUGCCAGAGGCAGUGACACAAAUUGCCAUCACACAAGCACACUAAUUGUGUCUGAGUUUGUUGGUUGCUCACCAUCUCUUAGUGGUGCUUUCAGGGUAAAUCCUUGGAGUGUUGACGAUGUGGCUGAUGCCUUACACCAUGCAACAGACUUGACUGAAUCCGAGAAAAGGCUACGGCAUGAAAAGCACUACCGUUAUGUUAGAUCUCAUAGUGUUGCUUACUGGGCUCAUAGCUUUGCUCAAGAUCUGGAAAGGGCAUGCAAAGAUCACUACAGCCGAAGGUGCUGGGCUAUUGGUUUUGGUCUGAACUUCAGAGUUAUUGCUCUUUCUCCUGGCUUUAGAAAGCUCUCUUUGGAACACUUUGCUUCUUCUUACAACAAGGCUACCAGAAGGGCAAUAUUUCUUGACUAUGAUGGCACUCUUGUACCCCAGUCAUCAAUCAAUAAAGCUCCAAGCGAUGAACUUAUUACUAUUCUCAACAGCUUGUGUGAUGACCCGAAGAAUGAUGUAUUCAUAGUCAGUGGAAGAGCGCGUAGUUUGCUUGAUGAGUGGUUUGCUCCAUGUCAGAAGCUUGGUAUUGCAGCAGAACAUGGCUAUUUUGUCAGAUGGAACAAAGCAGCUGAAUGGGAAUCAAGCUAUCCAAACCAUGAUUUUGAGUGGAAGCACAUCGCUGAACCGGUCAUGCAAGUUUACACCGAAACAACUGAUGGGUCCUCCAUAGAGCCAAAGGAAAGUGCUCUAGUAUGGCAUUAUUUGGAUGCAGACCAUGACUUCGGUUCCUGCCAAGCAAAGGAACUACUGGGUCAUCUUGAAAGGGUGCUAUCAAAUGAACCUGUUGUUGUGAAGUGUGGUCAUUACAUUGUUGAAGUCAAACCACAGGGAGUUAGCAAGGGUCUUGUUGUGGACAAGGUAAUUCACAGAUUGAUGAACAACGGGAAGACGCCUGAUUUCGUAGUGUGCAUCGGUAACGAUCGAUCUGAUGAGGACAUGUUCAAAAGCAUCGACAGCAUGACCUCCAGCUCCGCAUUCCCUGCAGUUCCAGAAGUCUUUGCCUGUUCAGUUGGUCAGAAACCCAGCAAGGCAAAGUACUAUGUCGACGAUGCUGGUGAAGUAGUAAGAUUGCUCAAGAAUGUAGCUGGCAUUUCGUCGCACCGGGAGGCCGUCAGCCAUGGACGUGUGACCUUCAGGGAUGUGAUGGAUUAUGUGGAGUGAACCACCUAAUCUUUGUAACAUCCAAACUUGUGUACAUUCCAAUGUCUUCAUCUAGAUUUGGCCAAAAGCAUGAAUCAUCACCACCAUUAGGACAACUACAGGAGUGCAAGCGGAAGCUCUGCAUUUUUAGUUUAGGUGAUGUAUACUCAUAUGUAGGCAAUUUUGAUAGUUGAUGAGGUUCUUGCUGGAGAACUGCACUGUGAAAGAAAAGCCCCCUGGCUUUGAAUAGCCAUCGACUUGUUUCACUUGCCAGUUAUUACCAGUUGCCAGUGUUUACCUGAAUGACUGAAUCCAAUCUCCUGCUUCACAUUGA